AUAUCAAUAGUGAUUCGGAAGCCGGUUCGUUCCUCUCGCCUGCUUCUCCUGGCCCGCGCAUCUGCCAUUGUUCUUCGCCUGUACACACCCUUUUUGCCUCUCGAAAAUAAUGAUCUGGAAGAAAUUUGCACUUUUGCUCAUUUUUCUACCAUCUCUAGAAGCAUGUCAUGCUCAAUUUCAAAAAGAGCUUCGAUAUUUAGACUUGUAUCUUGGUAUUAGGCCAGAUAAUAAUGGAGAGAUUCCUGUGGAAGAGGCCGUUGGAUUUGCCACGUAUAUUGAGUCACCUGAUGAACUCAACUGUGACUUUGAGACCGAAUGUCUUUGGAGAAAUGCGCCGACUGAUAAGCUUUUGGAUACCAGUGAUUGGUGGUAUUUUAAGAAAAAUGACGAGAAAACUUUCCCAGUUCAAAUCCAGCCCGGAAAUCCUGUAAUUCCAAAAGGCGAACAUUUUAUAAUUGCUGGAAAUACGACGAAAAAUCCGAAUGGAGCAGUGUUGAGCAGUGCUCCAAUUGCUUGUCAAAAAGGAUUUGCCAACUUGACUUUCAGCUUCUGGCUAUACAACAAUGCUCAAGUGGAAGUUAUCAUCCUUCGAGCAAUGAAUCGUAGACGUCAUCUUCAAGUCUUGCUCAGACCAAAAAUGAAGUGUGAUUUCUUGGGAGCCGCCAAUGAGGAAUGUCGUGUCGAGAUUCCGCCGAUUAAGGAACCGUUCAGAAUUGGAAUUCGAGCAUUUGAUCUCAAAGAUAAUACUGUUGGAAGUUUGGCAAUCAUUGAUCAUAUCAGAUAUCACGGAAAGAUUUGCCAGCAAUCACCAUUCCCAUCAUCAUUCUCAUCUCUUCGUAUUCCUCCAUAUGAUAAUAGUCCACUUCAAAGAAUGUCUGAUUUGAGUUGUGAACGCCCGCUACGAUCCUGUCGAUGGGGAAAUAUGGCCAAAUCUCAAUUAAGUGAAUGGAGAGUUGGUAGAUCAAUUGAUCGAUGGGUUGAUAUGUUUGAGAUAACAGCCAACCAAUCCCAUCCAAACUCUUCCUUCCUUUUCUUGGCAGUUGAUUCAUUUUCUCCCCGUCCAUAUUCUACUUUAACCAGUCAAGUUAUUCCAUGCUCUCAGAGAACCACAAGCCUAUCUUUAAAAUAUUGGAUGAAAACUGGAACUCAAGCAGAGAUAUGUGCAGUUGAUGAGGAUGGAAUUGCAUUGAGUUGUGCAUAUCUUGAACCAAAUGAUAGUCCUGGACCAAUCACAAUUGAUUUGGAUUCUUAUGCUCAACCAUUUAAGUUUACUGUUGGGAUCAUUGCAUUCGAUGAAAGCUCAUUUGGGUUAUUGGCUAUUUCGGAACUUCGAGUUGGUGGACUUCUUUGCACGGAACCUGCUCCUCCGAUUGUCACCACAAUUAGCCCGCCAGUUAUCCAACAUAUAUUUGGUCUCCAACCUGGAAACGGUCGUUACGUCCCUUAUGACUUAUCACUAAACUGUGACUUUACCAAAGACUACUGUAAUCAGUGGGUCAACUACGAUGGAGUUGUCAAGUAUGGAGUUAUGCCAAGAGAUUCAAAUGUGUUCCCAGUUCCUAAAGGAGUCAAAGGAAAUGUGGCAGUGUUUUUAAUGCAAAAUGCAACUGUGUCAAAUUUGAGAUCGAGAAUGGUUCCAUGCUCAUAUAAUGGGCGAAUUGAUGUCGAGUAUAUGAGAUCAGAAGACGCUCAAGUAAGAAUUUGUGCUCUUGAACAAUGUGUUGAUGGAAAUGCAACAAAUGGAAAGAUAUCAAUUGGAGUCUCCUCAACAACUCCAUUCUAUGUAUCAAUUGAAGCUUCAUCUCGAAAUGAUGCAGUUGUAAUCAUUAAUAAAGUAUCAACAUCAGGAGAAUUCUGCCCAUUGAAGUCAGCAGAGGACACUGUUUGUGAUCAACUUGUCUGUAAUUUCAGAGAAACAUUCUGCAGUUACGAGACAACAGUUGAAAAACCAGGAGAUGUUCCAGUGAUCAAAACUCCAAACGGUGCUACAGUAACCCUGAAUGGUGGUGGAAUCCGUGCAAUUCUCCGUAGUCCAACAUUUGAUCUUGCAUAUCCUUCGAUUCUAACAAUUACUCUAUCACAAUCUACAUUCGGUUCUCGUGUACUUUUAUGUCCAGAUGACACAAGUGAUCCAACAUUAUGUCAUGAGUUGGCUGGCCCAAGAGUUCUGGAUUCUUCGGAAAAGCAGGUAAUGUUCCCAUUGGAUAUUGGUGCUCGUUCAUUUUCUCUCGUCCUAUUACAUGAUAAAUCACUGGAAUUCGGUCCAGCAACAUUCAACAUAAAAUCAAUGGAAUUACGGACUGUGAAUGAUGAGCCAAUGUGCUUUUAGAGCUGCAAAAUUUGAAGAUAAUCACAAAUUUAUUUUACGGUGUAAUUUAUUAAGUUACUGUUAAAUUUAUUAUAUUCAAUGCAAAUAAACAAACUUUUUAUUUAAAUAAAAUAAAUUACUAAAUUCAA